AUAAUAAUAAUAAUAAUUGGGAUUGUUAAUGUUAUUUUUCCAUUUGAACUCUAUCAUCAAAUUCAACAUCAUACAACUACAAAUCCAAUUCUCUGGCAAAGCUUCUGAAUUCUGACAUUGCAGAUACAGCAGGAGGAUCAUGACUGACACUAACAAUGCUCAUUCCGAAAAGAAACUUGUUCGAAUUGAUGUUAGUUCUGAUACUGUAUGUCCAUGGUGCUUUGUUGGCAAAAAGAAUCUAGACAAAGCCAUAGCUUCCUCUAAGGAUAAAUACAACUUUGAGAUAAUAUGGCAUCCUUAUCAACUCAACCCUGAUGCCCCUAAAGAAAGUAUCGACAAGAGGGAGUUUUACACAAGCAAAUUUGGAUCCCAAUCGAAUCGGAUGGAAGCUCGGAUGUUAGAGGUCUUCAGAACGGUCGGUCUCGAAUAUAGUUUAUCCGGACGCACGGGAAACACCAUGGACAGCCACAGGCUUAUAUAUUUUUCUAGACAGCAAGAUCUUGAUAAGCAACAUAAUCUAGUUGAAGAACUUGGCCUUGGUUAUUUCACUCAAGGAAAAUACAUUGGUGACCAGAAGUUUCUUGUGGAAGCUGCUGCCAAGGUUGGUAUAGAAGGGGCAGAAGAGUUUCUUAAGAACCCUAACAAUGGGCUGAAGGAGGUGGAGGAUGAGCUUAAAACAUGCCCAGGAAACGUCUCAGGGGUUCCAUAUUAUGUGAUUAAUGGAAAUCAGAAGUUCAGUGGUGCACAGCCCCCUGAGGUCUUCUUGAGAGCUUUCCAAGUUGCUACAAGUUGAUUUUUACCUCCUCAAAGUUUAUGAUUCUACUAUUGUCUUUAAUUACAAUGAUAUAAUUUGGAAAUAAGAAGCUAGUGUCAUAUAGUAUUGUAUUAGUAUAUUAAGAUGUAAGCCAAUUUGAAAGUCUUAUACAUUGUUUAUCCCCAACGAUAAAUUGAAUGACUUUGCUAUUUAACUUAUAAUAACAAGUGUUGUUAAAUAGUAGCUAUAGUGCUACUAUAUGGCGUAGCCAAAUUUGAAAAAA